AUGGUGCAAACGUGCUUCAGCAGGGGAUGCCAAAGUAAAGGAGUCAAGGGAAAUGCCUGUUCAUUUUUCCGUUUUCCUUCGAAUGAGACUGAAGCCCAAUAUUGGCUGGAGAAAAUUUUCCAACUAAAUGAGCAAACAACGGAGCCUAGUAAAUAUGCUAGGGUUUGUGAGAAACACUUCGCAGAACAGGAUAUUAAAAGGAACGGUUCACGGAAUGUUCUGAAGAAAGGGGCCAUACCAACAGUUUGUUUGAAUUACGUGUAUGAUGAGAGCAUCGAUGUUGAAUAUUUAGAAGAAGAAGAGUCUAUGGAGUGUGGUGACGACAUUAACACCGAUGUACUUACUAUGCAAAUUCAACCACCAUCAUCAACAGCAGCAAUUCAAAAUGAGCCCAAGAGUGUCAAUAUCGAACUGAAAAAUAAUAGAUAUGCAAUGUGCAUGACUCGGUCACCGACAACUCCAAAGACAGGAAGUAGCCACGUCUACAUUGACAACAUUAGCGAAAAGCAAGAGACGAUUGACCCACCGAGACGAGGAAGACGUCUGUGUUAUCCUGGUGAUGUGCGUGAUGACGAGCACUCGUGA